CAAAAAUACUGGUAUAUCUUAUGAUGGAGGAUAAAAAGAGGAAAAAAUUCGGUUUAAGCUUAAAAAAUACCAAAAAAUUAGCGGUGUCAACAAGCGAAAUAAAACUGAUAAAAGAGCAACGUUUAUUAAAGACUCCGUCAGGUUCAAACUCCAAAGAACAAAAAGAUAUAAGUGUUCUUGAUGCUCGAAGGCCAAGUUGUAUGGAGGACUGUGGCUUGGAAAGAAAGUUAAAGCCUUCAGUAAACACCUUAAGAGAAGAAAAUUUAGUUGCUGUUGAUAAUGAAGAAGAACACGAAAGAAUUUUAUGGAAACACCUAUUCUCCGUAAAUAGUUCUGCCAACUGGGAGACAAUGGAGGAUUUACCAAUAUCUGUAAGUGAAAUAAGAAGACAAGAGGAUAGCAACAACAUCAUUUCUAGUUCACCAAAUCUAGAUUUCAAGACAACUCAGACGACUGAAACCUUUAAUGUUGAUUCGGAUUAUAAAGAUUUACCAAGACCUUGUAUUACUUGUUAUGCAAGAAAACCCUGUCGGCUGACAUGGUCACAAGUUGAUGACGAAAAAAGAAUGGAAAAUAAUGAUAUUUAUCAUAUCAACCCAUCUCCAAAAGAUGCAGCUUUAGAUAUGAAUACCUCCAGUAUUAAAAUGAAUUUGAAGAAUAAUGUUGGUUCUCCUACUUUCUUUCAAAAGAAGACUGGAGACUCUUUAAAAGAUGAAACCAAUGCCAAAGCUGUAGCUUCAAUUAACCAAAAUAUAGAAUGCAAGAAAAAAUUUCAUUUUCAAAAUAAUUUAAACAAAAACAAAAAAGUCAAAAAUAAUACUGAAGGAUGUUUCAAAUCUGGUCCAAGUAGUUCAGGUUUAAGUCAAAGAACUACAGAAACAUUCAUUGAUUUGACAAUCAGUGAUAAGCCAGAAAAAAAGUCAGUAAACAAACAAAAAUUUGGGAUGUUUGUUGACUUAACAUAUUCAACAAAAGAACAGUCAUUAGGCAAGCAGAAUAAUGAUGUAUUUCAUAAGACACCAUCAGGAUUGACCAAUACAGAUUUGAAGGUUAAAAGUGAAGAGCAAAAUUCAAUUCUAGGUGAUUCAGGAGCAAAAGGAAAUGUUGGUGUAGUGAGGAAAGAAAUCCUGAAAUAUUGCCCAAUCUGCCAGUUUCAAUUUCCUCAAAGAAUGAAUAAACAAGGAAUUGAUCAACAUAUUUCAAGCUGCAUUGGAAACGAGGAACUCUUCGUAGAUGAUGACGAGGAAGACUGGUAGCUCAAAAUACCUAUUUUUUAAAUUACAAAAUUGUAAAAAUAAUAAAUUUUUUUCAAGAAAGGAAAAUAAAGAACAUUCCCCUGA